GGGAGGCGGUUAAAGGUUCGGCUUCGGAAAUGGCCGCGGGAAAGUAGAGAGCGUUACGUCGUCUGGCAGGCGAGCCGAAGUUUUUCGUGUGCAGCGCUCGUUAAUCGCUUCGAGCGUCAGUUCACCGCUUCACUCUCCAACACAUCGUCUACCAUGUUUUAAAAAGAAAAAAAAAAAGCCGUAAAACGUGGUACCAUUUUCAAAAAAUCGCGAUUAGUGCUUGCGACUAAUCUGCUGUCCCUCUCUAUCUCUAUCUCUCUCUCUCUCUCUCUCUGGUGAGAGUGGUUCAGACACAUACCGGUGUCUCAAAGAGAUCAGAGUGCGUGCACGAGGAUGGCCGGCGACGACGUUGCACCAUCAAACAAUGAGAUCCUCGCGGACAGAGAGGGGCAGGGUGCGUCAGUGCGGGGGGAACCGCAUUCCAGAGUGGGCGGCAUCCUGGAAUGCGAUCCCCCCGGUAACAAGAAUUCGCCGAGCCAGCGAGUCCCUAACGACGACGACUGCGCCGACGGAAGCGCUCACACUGUGAUCCCGCACGAUUGUAACGGAGGCGGGGGGACACCGAUUGCCGGCGAUAACGGCCCUCUAUGUCGAUAUGCUAUCGGCACUGCGCAUACCGCUAUGUCUUUUAUCGAAGUUUGCCAGAUUCGACUGCAGCACCUUUUCCCGCAGCUGGUCUCGUCCUCGCGGUAUAGAUCCUGCGAAAACUCCAUAGAACUGACUGCAGAACGGUUAGCGAACGAUGUGAUACGGUAUCUACUGAAGGAGGACAUAUAUCUGAUAUCUCAGAAUCCAGUUUCCCGCAGUAUGAGACACAAUGUGUAUCAGAUGUUGAACAAGCACAGUAUCCUCUUCGCGAGUAUGGUAAAUCGUCUGAACGUUAUGCCGGACACGGCUUACGAAGCGUUCAUGGGUGUUGCCGACGAAUUGUUCCUGCACGGCGUAGUUACUUGGGCGAGGAUUAUUUGUCUGUAUGCAUUCACGGGCAGACUCGCUCUGUGGGCACGGGACAGACGGAUGCACGCCUUGAAGAAAAAAUUACCGCUUUACGUCUCGAGAUUCAUUGGCGAAAAAGUUGCGGAUUUUAUCAAAGUAUACGGGGGAUGGGAGCAACUGUGUAUAGAAUAUCCUGUGGCUGAAGAGAUAAGUGGAGCGAUUUGGAGAUGUCUUAUAAUGACAGGUGCUACGCUUGGUGUGGUUGCAAUCAUCUUGACAGUGACCUCUUGAUAUAGUCUUAGAAAUUAAUUUAUACAGGGUACGUUUUGCGCGAGAUUUUCCAAUCGUACUUAUUUCUUAUCAAAAUACGUUGAGAAACAAUUCUGGAAGUUUAUAUAAGAUCUUUAACAUUGGCACGAAGAGUGAAAUUGUGUGAUCCAAAAGACAUCUUACAUCUUGUGAAAUAAGUACAGGAUAUCAAUUAAAUGUUAACCUUGCAACCUGCACAAUUUUCAUGUCAGUGUCACUCAGCUUAGAAUUAUCUUACAUUUUAUAUAACUCCAACAAAUGUGUAACAUAAGUGAAUGAUAAUGAUACAAGUUUCCUAUUAUAUUCAUAUUCAUGCAGCUCGGUGGACUAGUUAAAUUAGUAAAAAAAAAGGAAUAAAUCUUAUUUAAUAUUAAUCUAGAUAUUUUAUCAAAAUAAUUUUAUAUAAAUAAUACUCAAAAUUGAAGUUCCAGGUAUUUUAUACCGGCCAAGAAUCUCAAAAUUCUGUUGAAUUUAGGUAGAAUCAAUCUAAAUAUAUUUAUUUAUAAUUUAUUUUAGGUAGAAAAUAUAUUAAUAAAUUUCCUUGUCAAUCAAA